GGAAUAAUAGAAUGAAAUGUAAUCGAUUAAACAUGUUAUAAAAUAAUAAGACGAAUGUUUGUAUGAAUCGUUUUCAAAUAAGCACCUCCUGCAGCCAGCUUUGAUUGUUUAAUUGUUAUAAAAUCUAUUUCAUAGGUCAUGUAUUUUGGAGUUAAUUUGAUGUUAAUGCACAACACAAUAAGCAGCAUUUUUUAAAAGUAUAACAACUCUUAUUCGACAUUUUAUGUGUUUAAAAGUCUAUAUCAUUUCAAUUUCCAAGGAUUAUUUUUUUAUAUUUGGCUUAAAUGAAAGGUAUCUAUAUUUUUCAACGUUAAAGAAUGGAUGACGUUUCGGUGUUUAUCUGUUUGAAGGCUUAAUAUAAUUUAUAAUGCGAAGGGAUUAUCUUUCGGUCAAAGAUCUAAAACUGUGGUCAUAGACUACGGAUUAAUGUCACAAUAUGCAUAAUAACAUUCUAGUUUCUACGUUCUUUUCCUUAGUUUCUGUAAAUUUACGUAAGUUUUCGUCAUAACAACUUUGUGUAGAAAGUAAACGUGCCAAAAAUAAUUUACAUUUCAAUAAUCGGGAGAAGUCGGUGCUAAAAACUAGGAAAUAACACAUCAAUAUCAUGUCAAAAGGACUGGACAUUAUAAAGAUUGAAAAUAUUUUUCUAAAGGGACAAUAUUGUUUUAGACUUAAAAACGAUAAAAGGAAGUGGAUAAUUUUCUCACGAUGUGUUUGGAUAUUUGAUGUUGAAAAAUAUCGGUUGUACAGAUAUCUGAACAAGAACUCGAUUGUGAUGGAUAUUUGAAGCUUGUUGUAAGCAUACUUGAGUACGUUUUCGAGAAAAGUUAUUACUAAAGGUUGCAAAGAAAGUUCUUUCAUUUGGGAACGUAAACCAGCGUAUCAAAAGAUAAAAAACAUCUUAGAUGCCAUAAUUCACGGCGGUUGUCACUUUUGUCGUGAGAGUAUGAAAUAUUAACAAGCGAUCUUGUCGAUAGUUCCUAGGAGCCAAGUUAAUAGCCAUAAUAAUUUGAAAAACAAACGAUUCAUUGAUUCCCUGCUGGUCGUGCUGAAAGUUAAUUAUCCUCAAUUGGAAUUUCAAUACAAUGAUUUUGUGAUAUUUGCAAACAAGACCAGCUAUCUAUUUCCGGUGUAUUCGUAGACCUUUGGGAGUUUUCAUGAUCUGCUGUAAUUUAGUGAAGUGAUUUAAUUGAUUUUCGUAUUUGUCAUCAAUGUUAAACACUUUUAAACAACUGGAUAUUUAUUUUGCAUAAAAUUCUCGUGUGAAUUGAGUUUCAAAGGGUGUUUUUCAUGGAUAGUUUAACCUGUGGUAUUUUUAUUGUCUGAAAAGGAAGGCACAUUUUGGACAAUCUGCUAAAUAAAUAUUUUAUUGCUAAUUAGCACACCAGUUGAAACAAAUAAGAGUCGCGAUGGGUUUAGGCGAGGAAGUGGAUGUCAAAAGGCGAAAAGUGAUUUAUGACGAGUAUACUGGAGGGUUUUAUGCCGAGUCUAAAGUUGAGAGCCUUCAAAGGCAGUGUGAGUAUCGUGCCAAACUGACUGACGUCAUGAACAAGGCGGAAGAGGCUAAAUAUAAACUUGCGUGUAGGCAAGUUAACGCAGAAAAACACAUGUUUCUUAUACGAAAAGAAAAGGCAACUCACAGACAUUCCGAGGCUUUGCAAGAUUACAAAGCACAUAAGAAUGUGUUAGAUAAGCUGGCAAAGGAACGAGAAGAAAUUCACGCGCAGAUGGAAGAUAUUUAUGGUAAAUAUCCUCCAGAUAGUUUAAGAACAAACAUUGAAGAGCUUAUUGAAGGAGAACUUAAGGAGAUGAGACCGGUAGUCAGGCGACGAAGGGAAGCGACGAAACUACUUGGUAGAAGAAAUGAACAGACAGAAAUUGAUAGAACAAUGUCUACAGAGGAUCUGUUCGAUGACUUAAAGCAAAGAAAGAGCCGCGUACCUAGUCCAGUAAAAUCUGCUUCACGGGCCACAGGGUCAGCAACGACAAAGCCGGCAGCAAGACUUAUUCUUCCGGCAAUUACUGUUAGACUUGGAAAUAACAAUAGUGCGACAAAGUCACGUGUCAUAGAACCUGUGUCUAGAAUAAAUGUAAAAUCAAAAUCCACUGACGAUAAUUCUGGAUUUCCAUCAGUUUUUGUAACGGAUCCAAGGAGCAGUGCAUUAGGAUGAUGUUUUGAAAUUAAAGUUUCUUAUUAACGAACAAAAUAUUUAGGAAAUUCGAUAUCAAGCAUUAAGUGAGAAUUGCAAUUGCAAGACCGAUCAUAUGUAAAACUUACUUUGUGUUCAUCUUUUGCAUGGGAAAUUCAAAGACUUUUCUCUUUUAACGUGCUUGACCUACAUUAACAGUAUUAUCUUCGGCUUUAUCCGUGUGUGACGUGCAGACAUUCGUAAUCCUAUUGUAGAGCUUUGUCAACUUUUUGUCGGAUAUCAUACAGCAUUAAAGCUUUUAGUUUUGUGAUUUUAUCACAUGUUGAUAAAAAUGUACUUGUGUUUAUUCUGUAAUGAUACUGUCUACUUGUCAUUAAAUUCAAAUCAUCUUCGAUUGAUAAGCUUUAAGGAAUAAAGUUAUUAUUUCUUGAAAGGAAAACAC